ACGGAAACAUCUCAUAAAGACCAUCGCAAGGAUUCUAACAAAACUCGAUGGAAUGAAUCACCUUUGACUCUUGGUGCAAAAAUGGGCCUUCAUGAGUUUGUAAAGCAAAUUUUAACAGUAUUUCCAGAAUCCGCGAUGUACCAUGACAUGGAGGGAAAGGACGUCCUUCAAGUGGCAAUUCAGCAUGGUCAUGAAAAGAUUGUUAAGAUUAUAGAGUCAAUGGCCUGUGGGAGCAAUCCAGUCUUACCAUCUUGGCUGUUGUCUAGUAUUGAGAAGGAAACCAAAAACACCAUCUUGCAUUUCGCUGCCGAGCAAACCGUCAAAGAAAAUUUUUUUGCCUUACAAAUGCAAACUGAGCUCCAAUGGUUUGAGAGGGUGAAAAGGUUGGUCCCUAAAGAUUUAAAAUAUAGCCGAAAUGAGGAAGAGAAAACAGCUCUAGAACUUUUCACUGAGAAACACAAGGAUAUGGUUCAGAAUGGUAAACAACAAUUGAUGGAGAUGGGGAAAACAUGCUCAGGCCUUGUAGCAGCUGUGGUCUUUGCUUCUAGUUUCUCCAUACCAGGCGAUAAGGAUGAGAAUAAUAACCCAAUUUUCCGCCAUAGGACGGCUUUCAAGGUUUUCUCACAUGCAUAUGUGAUUGGAUUGUCCUGUGCUGCUACGGCUUUAGUAUUAUUUUUGUCUCUCUUAACCUCAUCUUACAGGGUGGAAGACUUCCGCCGCUCGCUACCAACAAAGUACUUCUUUGCGAAUGCGUCUUUCUUUCUUUCAUUGGUGGCUCUGUUAGUGGCAUUCACAUGUAACAUCUACCUCAAUAUAUAUGGCGGAAGAAGAACGGAGACGAAGGAUCUUGUCCCAUUUGUGUGUGAGCUUACCAUCUUUCCGGCGGUGUGUAUUGUGGUAUUGCUUUAUCGGGGGUCUAACUUCGGAUUUGGCUCUUUCUUGCGACAUGUUUGGCGUUAGAUCACAAAACCUAUAUGCAUCCCUCAAUAAGUUCAUUUAUAUAACUUCGGAGAGCCAAAUCUUUUUCAUUUUCUUGUUUUAUUGAUCUUUUUGAACGUGUGCCAACAUACCAAUGCAGAAAGCUUGGAAUCAUUACAGCUAUG